AUGCAACUCCAGCGUGGGUUGGCGACUUUGCCUGGCGUUGAAGAUGCUGGCGUUGUGAUGGGGACCGAUGCCAACAAAGAUCUCCUGGCCCAGAGUGGGCUGGCAAGUGACAACACCCAAUCUGCCCGAGCCGACGAUCUGAUUAUUGUCAUCCGCGCCGAUAGUGAGCCCAAUGCCCAAGCCGCAAUCGGGCAGAUCGACACCUUGCUCACGCGUCGCAGCAGCGCAACCGAAGGGGCGGACGACUACCGUCCUAAAACGUUGGCGGCAGCGACCAAACAGUUGCCAGAAGCCCAGUGGGUUCUUGUUUCGACACCGGGACGCUAUGCCGCGGAAGUGGCGCGUGAGGCGUUACGAUUUGACAAACAUGUCUUUCUCUACAGCGAUAAUGUCAGCGUGGAAGAUGAAGUUGCUCUCAAACAAAGUGCAGCAGAAAAAGGGCUCCUCGUCAUGGGGCCGGAUUGUGGCACGGCGAUUGUCAAUGGCGUGGGGCUCGGCUUUGCCAACCGCGUGCGUCGUGGCAACAUUGGCGUCGUCGGCGCAUCAGGCACGGGCCUUCAACAAGUGACAGCACGCAUUCAUCAACUUGGCGGCGGCAUCACCCAUGCCUUGGGCACCGGCGGGCGUGAUCUCUCUGAGCAAGUCGGUGCCAUUACCGCCAAGCAGUCCCUCGAUUUGCUUGCACGUGAUGAAGCAACCGAGGUCAUCGUCUUGAUCUCGAAACCGCCAGCAGAAUCGGUCAUCGAUGAAUUGUUGCGUAUCGCGUAUUGCGUGAACAAGCCCGUGAUCAUCGAUUUUAUUGGCUAUCACCCACCAGAACCGCAACGUAACAAUGUCUACUUUGUCAAGACCCUUGACGAAGCCGCUGCCCUUGCUGUGGAACUCGCCGCCUUUGAAGCCAGUGACCCAACUCCGCCACCUGCCACCCGCUACCCGCCACCUGCGGGAGCCCCUGGGGCGCUCCACCCGCCAAAAUACCUCCGCGGUCUCUUCUCUGGCGGCACCCUUGCGUAUGAAGCGCAACUCAUUUUGCAGGAAUAUUUGCCUAGAGUUUACACGAACGCACCGCUUGACAAGCGCUUUCAACUUGAAAAAGCAACUGUCAGCCAGGAACACACGAUUGUCGAUUUAGGGGAAGAUGAGUUCACUGUUGGGCGAUUGCACCCCAUGCUCGAUAAUGAGUUGCGUAUCCAACGGUUGGCACAGGAAGCCGCCGAUCCAGAGACUGCUGUGAUCCUACUGGAUGUAGUAUUGGGUGACGGAGCGCAUCCCGAUCCAGCCAGCGAAUUGGCCCCGGCCAUUGCCCAAGCCAUUACCAUUGCGAAGGAAGCAGGUCGCCAUUUGGAAGUGAUUGCUGUCGUUGUUGGUACCGAUGAGGAUCCGCAAGAUUUAGCGAUGCAAAUAGCACAAUUGGAGGACGCCGGUGCGCAGGUUGAGCAGAAUAACGAGGUGGCGGUACGGUGUGUCGGUGAGUUGGUGAGCGGAUUGCAACCGAUCGCCGGAGAUAGUUCCGUUGAUCCAACCUUUUUGCAACAACCGCUUGCCGCGAUUAACAUUGGACUGGAAUCCUUUACAGCCAGUUUGUUGGCGCAGGGUGCUGAAAUGGUGCAAGUGGAUUGGCGGCCGCCCGCGGGUGGCAAUGAGCGACUGGCUGGCAUUUUGGCGAGAAUGAAGGGGGGAUAA